UUUGUCAUUGUAACUUGUAACCGUACGGACCACACAACCAGAAGCUCGUCGAGAAAGAGAAGGGGACGUAUUAUGUGUGCCAUAUUCCCCUCAAACGGCAGAAAUACAUAUACUAAACGGUGUACAAGUUUCAUCAGCCUUGUUAUACCUGCCCGGUUUUAAAGUGACAAUGGUAGAAUUUCAAGCCGCGUCUUGCUUUUUCCCCGUAUUGAUGUGUGUUGUUUGAAUGGAGAUUAUCGUAUACGCGAUACAUUGAAUUCACUCGGAGAGCUCGUGUGUGCGAUCGAAGUUGUCGUAUAGACAAAGUCGGGCUGUAUUUAAAAUUAUCUUAAAUGUAGUUCGCCAUAAAUGAUGAAUACGAGAAAUGCGCCGAUGCAGUGCAUCGAUUUAAAAUGCACGGGAUGUGGAACUUGAACUAGGGACCGUCCGCAGUCUCGCUGCGAAAAGUACUUAUGAAAGUGACAAAGAAAGUAUCGAGCUUUUAGCUGUUCUGAUCUUACGAAGAUACGGUAAAUAACAAUGCGUAUCUGAGAAGUAUCGAACGGAGCAUGCAUUUCUGGAUUAAUAAACCGGCGGGCAGGUAUUACGGUUUCACUGGCCGCCGAUACCCCGCCACACCUAUACCAAAAACGCGUUUCAAUCGGUGUCGAUAUAAUGCGGAUUUAAGACAAAUGGUUACUCCACUUCAUCGUUUCCAUAACCUGAGCACCGCUGGGAGUAUGGCUGGUCCUAGUAAUGUGAAUAAUUGCAGGCUGAUACGAACAUCGAUAAGAGCUAAUAAUAGUGAAACUCAAAACAGGUUUCCAGUUGGCUCUAGUCAACGCACUCAGCUGAACAACAUCCCCAAUAAUGUAACAACAGCUGGGAAUAAUCAGUUAAUAUUAUCAAAUACUACUCCGAACGGAACAAACAGAAGUCUUUUAGACUUCUCAGAGUUCAAUGAUGCAGAGAUAGCAAGUUACAGAUUACGGUGCGGCCUCUGGAUAACGUUUGUGCUUGCAGCGGGAUUCGUUGCAGCUGCAAAACUUUACUUUGCCAAUCAAGGUCAAGGUUUAGAAAUAUUUGUGUUUUGGGGUCUAUCAACGUUAUUAGUAUUUGCAUGUUUGUACUCUAUUGUGUGUCGACGAAGCCAACGCAACAAUCACCAAGAGCAUCGCAUUCAAGAAGAACAUAUCGCAUCUGUAACUGCUACCAAUACAAUACCCACUGAAAAUAUUAGACCUGUUUCUGUAGUAAGGCAAAAUCCACCACCACCUUAUCACAUUGCUAUUUUAAUUCCGCCUAAUUCGACGGACGAGGCACCGCCACCGUCUUACGACAAAGUCAUGCGAUAAGUGAAUGUUGAUAUUAAGUCAUAAUGUAUAGAACUCUAUCACUAUUUUUUCAUGUAAUACAUUUUUUAAAGACGAAUCAUUGAUACAAUAUAUUAUCAUCGUACAUCGUUAAACAUAAACGUUCCACUAACGAGCUUUUAAUUUAUGAAAAGCAAGUAAAACAUAGGUAUCAACAAAUGUUCUAGGAUAGGCAAACUUUACAUCUGUGAUAUAUAUAGUGAUGCAACAUCGACAUCAUUCUUGAUAAUGUUUAUGACUAGAAAGCAUAAGAAGACUAUUUUGGGCAUUAUACAAUGUCCAAACAGAGGAAUGAAAGACAAGCUUGCAAUAUUUUAUGUUUAGUGAAAGAGAAUAUGUAUUUUAAUUUUUUAUACCUAAAUGUAUGCUUGUAAUUUAUUUAAUCAAAAAAACAUAUAGAAUAGCGUACCAUUGAAAAAACCAAAACGUUUCUUUAUUUUCUUUAUGAAGCACGUAACAUGUAAUUUACGCAAAAUCAAUAUAUUCGUUCGUUUAAAGAAUAAAAAGUAUUAUUUCCGCAACAGAAACGAAGAAAAUUUAAAUCGGCGCACAAAUGCCAGUCAUGUUUAAUGUAUAAACUGCUCACUCUUCCCAUAAACCAAUCUCAUAUGGAUAAAGUUACAAGUUUUAUAGCGUAAUAAUUAAUGAAAACGUAGAUUAAGCAUUAUGUGUUUUAUAAUAUUUAAUUACAUACAUGUACAUAAUAUGGGUAAGUGUGUACAUACGCAACGCACACAGCAAGCACACAUACAUCUUUGUCAGUCUAAAACUUUUCGACUGACGUAAA